CCAAACAAAACAGACGCUUAAAAUGAAAUCAAAAUAAUCAAUAAAAAUGUCUUUUAGAGAUAGAAUUAUGACUGAAGUAUGCUAUGGGUGUCUUAAUAAUGACCGCAGGAUGGUGAAAAUAGAACAAUACGAUGUAAAACAGUGUUUUUUACAAAUUAUUAGUGAAUUACCGAUUACGUUAGCAGAUAUACAAGUUCAACUUUGCUAUGAAUGUGCCGCCCUAUUAUUGAAGUUUACCAAGUAUAAACGAAGAAUAUUGGCCUCAUAUAAAACUAUUCAAGAUAACGUUCAAGAUUUAUUGAUAUACAAGAGCUUAAAAUAUAACAAUUUAGAAAUAAAAAACCUAUAUAAUAUAUCAACACCAUAUCCUCAAAUAGACGAUGAAAUGCCUCAAAUAGAAAUAAUUAAAACAGAACUAAAUACGGACGAAUGUGUAUCAGAUAUAAAAGAAGAAUGUGACUUCUCAGACGAUGAACCAUUAAUUAAAGUUAAAAAGAGAAAGAAAAAGAAUGGACAUAUUAAGAAGGAGACCGAAGAUGCACAGUAUAUAGAAGUAGAGUUAAAUAGAGAUGAAAUAGCAGAAGAAAUGAAGGCUCUAUCGACCAGAGAAGAUUAUGUUAAUGCAAUGUUUAGGUGUGAGAAAUGUUUUUCAUCGUUUCCUAAUGCAGAUGAUCUUAGUGAUCAUAUACAUCUCAAGCAUGAACUGAACUCAUCAAAAUAUAAAUGUUCAAUAUGCGAGUGUUCGUUUUCAACGGAGGUGUCAUACAACUAUCAUACAAACAAACAUGCAAGGAGGUACCAGUGCGUUGUAUGUGUGGAGAGAUUUAGCAGCAAGCGAGGUGUUUUGAAACACUACAAUCUGGUACAUUGUCACAGGUAUCAAACACAAUUAUCUUCAACAAACAUUAAUUUUAUUUCCAGUGCACAAGAACAGACAUUCCCCUGCGAGUUUUGUGGGAAAACCUUCAAGUGGCGAACGUCCCUCAGGAAACAUCUGGAGACGCAUAGAAUCGAAACCGGGGAGAAGAGGAAACCGUACUGCGCGCCUUGCAGAUUGUCCUUCACAACCACCUCGAACUUACAGAAACAUGUCCGAACAAGUUCAAAACAUCAAAUACAACUUAAAUUAAGGAAGCUAACAGAAUCACUACCGGAUCUGACCGGUCCGGACAGACACAAAGCUCAGCUGGAGAUUAGGACAUCCGUAAAUAAAUCGAGACUCCAGUAUCCUUGCACUCAAUGUGAUAAACGUUUCCUUUGGAGAGGGAAUUUGUUGAGACAUAUGAACAGUCAUGCAGCAAAGGCCAACGGUGACCUAAUAUGCAAGCCCUGUAACAGAACGUUUUCAUCAAUAGCGACCUACCAGCAACACAUGAAGAUAAGUAAGAAACACGUGUCCGAAAACGACUUCAAAUUCAUGUGUAGUGACUGCGGUAAGAAAUUCCCUACAAAGUCUCGUCUGAGAGAUCAUAUCAACUGGGAGCACUUGAAAAACUUCGUAUAUAGCUGCGAUGAGUGUCAGAAGGUAUUCAAGACUAGCAACUCGGUGUAUCUGCACAAGCAAGUGCAUAAGAAGGACGUCAUCGAGCAUUUGUGUGAUCACUGCGGGAAGCCGUUUCCGAGCCAGGCGAAGCUCCGCAGCCACAUCCUGGGCCUGCACUCCCGCGCGGCGCCCUACCGCUGCCCGGCCUGCGGGGCGCGCUUCUCCUGGCACUCCUGCCUGUCGCGGCACGUCCGCCAGAAGCAUCGCCGCGACGACGCCUAAUAAAACAUGUCCAACUGUU